AUGGACGAAAUGGCGAAAAUGCUCGAGAGCUACGCUGGCGGUCUCCAUCAGUCCUUCGAGUCGGUCUUGCAGCGUGUGGACCAGAGUUUAGCCCAGAGCGCACAAGUGAUGCGCAUGAUGAAUGAAGCGAUGGAGUCGGUCAUGCUGCAGAACCUGCUUCUGCUCUCGAGCUACGAUGUUAGGGAAGGCCUGACCGUUGCAGUGGAGAACCGAUCGCAGGUUGCACUGGGGCAGACCAAAGUGAGCGCUCGACUGCACGACGCCGACAGGAGUUUCUUCUCCGUGGAGAUCGCAUCGCUUCCUGUCGGGCAGAAGAUGCAGUUUCAAGCUCCGCUACGUGACGUUGUUGUCGGUCCUGUCGCCGGCUUCCUUGAGCUCGAGUGCACCAGUCCCGGCACGCAACAGACACUUACGAAACGCUCUCCAUUUCGAGUGCUGUACUUCCAACAAGGAAGCUUUGAAGCUGAGGUGAGCGGAGAAGAGACGGCUACACCUGGCUCGGGUGAAGUAGCAGCGGUGUCAGAUAAGCUGCUGUUGACACGAGUGCGACAGCUUUUGAACAUCAGUCCGAUUCAAGGCAUCUUGACAGCUGAGAAGGGAAGAUAUCGUUACAUUCCAGCUGCAGCGCGGAACAACGAUUGUGUGCUCUAUCUCUCGGUCGAGGAGAGUGGAGCGGGUAACCCGGCAUACCGGGUCACUGUGUCUGCAGCUGGAAGUGCUGAUACUGCCGAGGAGCGCCGGCGACGAUGCCAGGAGAUAAUUGAUGAGAUGGAGAUCGUAGAGUGA